AUGGCAAUGAAGAAGACAACAACCGGAAACCAAUUGAGAAAGACGAAGAAGACGAAGAAAAUGACAGAAGGAGCCACAUGGAGACAAAUGAUGAACCAAUUGACCAUUACAGUACAAUCUAUGAUGACCAUUGCUGAAAUUAUAGACUUUUCUAACAUUAACACAACUCCACAAAAAUGGACAUCCUCUCCUGGAGAAACAUUCCAAACUUUGAAGUUUGGAAUUCCCAAUCUCCAUUUGGACAUUCCUUUCGGAGAACGCCUUCCAAAGGACUUUUAUUUGGAUCUUCUUCGUUCCUCCGGAACGAGACAUUUCAAGGCUUUCUACAGUACAGAUUCGUUGGAAGAUGCUGUGGAAUUCGUCAACAAUUUUUGUGGAGCCGAAAAUCUUCUAAGCUUGAAUCUUUAUUUAUCUUGUUGUGAAUUUUCAAGUAGUUUGUUAGGGGCUUAUCAUGUAGGAAAUAUUCUGAUUUCAUUUUUUUUUUGCAGCUCUAUGAGUUCUUUCGCUAACUUGGGUUUCGUACCACCGGACGGAGAUGAUGACAUUGUCACUAUGAGACAAAGAAGUAGCGAAUCGUUUUCAGCAGAAGAUUCUUUCACGGAUGGGUCGCCUGACCAUCGGAGCAACAUACAAAGAUGUUCUCAGAAAAAGAGUAAAAUGCGAGCUCCACUACUUGCUUCGACUCCUCGUGUGAUUUGUCGAAUUCAACGAACCAACAGGUUAUAUUUCAGCAUUCUACCAUACUUCACUCGGGAGCCAAUGUUCGAACCGAUUCCAGAAUUCAUAGAGAUGUCUGAUAAUUUCAACGAUGUUUCUGAAAAUUCGCAAGGAUACCGUUUCUUCAAUACCAAGGAACCGUUCUCACGCCAUUCCUACCGUAAUUGGCAUCGUCUGAACUUCGACGUCCUUCCUAAAGUUUCUAACUUUUCUAGGCGAGUCUUAGCCAGAGUUCGGGAAACGUUACCAGCCUUUGGUUUUGCUUCAGCGGAAGAAGAGGAUCUCAGCAUCGAAGAGGCUCGACAAGGCCAGGACGAUCGACGAGAACACAUUGAUUUAUCAGAAAUAUUCAACGACGAUAAUCAAAUUGUAAAUAGUCAGGAGUUGGCUGGAGGAUUAGGAGUUUCCAAUCUCAACUUCGAUAAGUCACUCAUAGAACACGAUCAUCUCGAUUUCGAUUCCACCCCACAAUCGGCUCACGACGUAAUCUGGCUCAGAGAUAUGUCAGCGACGACAUCAAUUUCUGAACCAAUACUUCACCAAUCCACAAAAGUAACCAUGACACCACCCGGAAAGAAUCCUGUGAAUGGUCUGGAAAUCACCAUGACAGAAAAGAAAACAGACGAAGCUUCAAUGUUUCGGUCAGAACCAAUGAAGCUUUACCAGAUGAUUUUAGUGAGAGAAGCCGCUUUUGAAUGUGUAGCAGAACUUGGUAAACAAGGAAAUGUACAGUUUAUAGAUGUGAGUCUGAAUGCAAAGUUGUCUCUCUACUCGCGCAGUUUUGUAAAACAAAUGCGUCGAUGUGAGGAAAUGGAACGGAAGCUUCGUUUCUUGGAAAAGCAAGUCAUCACAUGUAAACCUGGUCUCGAUCCGAAAUCAAUCGAUUUCUCCGAUUUGACAGCUCCAACCCAAGCUGAAAUGAUUCAGUUAGAACAUAAACUGGAUCAAUUGGAAAAGGAGUUUCUGGAUUUGAACAACAAUGAUUAUGCUCUACGAAAGAAUUUAAACUUUUCAAAGGAAUUUCUUUAUGUCAUGAGACUUGUUGACGACUUUUUCCAAGUGCACAAAGAAGAGGAAGCAAAAGCACGAUUCGAAAGAUCGGCAACCACUGAUGACAUGGAUUUGUUUUCGAAAUCAUUUGGAUUCGGUGGCUUGCCCAGCAACGAUAUGCCAAUGACACCUUUGAUUGGAACUGAUGAAAAUGCAUGGUUUGUCGCUGGUGUACUUCCGCUCGAUAAAAAGGAGUCAUUUGAACGGGUUCUUUGGCGUGCUUGUCGUCGUACAGCUUUUGUUCGGACCUCUGAAACAUCGUUUGUGGUGAAUGAUCCGGUUACUUUUUUGUUAUUAACCUUUUUGAAAAUUCAGCUUGAACCUCUACAAAAAUGUGUGUUCAUCGUUUUCUUCAAAGGAGAUUCGCUUCGUUUGAUUGUGGAAAAAGUGUGUGAUGGGUUUAACGCAACUCAGUACCCAUGCCCAAAAACUUCAAAGGAAAGAAAAAUGAAAAUGUCAGAAACAGAAGGUCGGAUGAACGAUUUGACAGUGGUUAUCGAUACAACUCAAACUCAUCGCUAUACAAUCCUCAAAGAUUUGUCGUACGAACUCCCGGUUUGGCUGAAAAACAUUCAGAUUCAGAAGUCCGUUUUUGCAGUUAUGAACAUGUUCACGGUCGAUACAAAUGGUUUUCUGGCGGGUGAGUGCUGGAUUCCUGCUGCUGCUGAAGAAGACGUGAGGACAGCCCUCCACGAUGGAUUUAAAGCAAGUGGGACAGAAGUUGAGCCAAUUCUCAACGAGCUUUGGACAAAUGCACCACCACCAACUUUACAUAAAACCAACAAAUUCACAAAUGUCUUCCAAAGUAUCGUAGAUUCGUACGGUGUUGGACAGUAUCGUGAAGUGAAUCCAGCUCCCUAUACAAUAAUAACGUUCCCAUUUCUGUUUGCUGUGAUGUUUGGAGAUGCUGCUCAUGGGUUGAUCCUUCUUCUAACGGCACUGUUCUUCAUAAGGAACGAAAAAACCAUUGAGGCCAAAAAGAUUAGAGAUGAGAUUUUCAACACCUUCUAUGGUGGUCGUUAUAUCAUGAUGUUGAUGGGUAUAUUCUCCAUCUAUACUGGAUUCCUGUACAACGACGCUUUCGCCAAGUCAUUCAGUGUUUUUGGAAGUGGAUGGACCAAUUCGUACAAUGAGACGACGUUAGACUCGUGGAUGAAACGUUCUAAUGAAUCAAAACGCGAAUUUGCAUUGGAGCUAGUUCCAGAAUUGGCAUUCGAAAAAGAGAAUACAUACCCGUUUGGAGUGGAUCCCAUCUGGAAUGUUGCUGAUAAUCGACUAUCGUUCUUGAACUCGAUGAAAAUGAAGGCGUCGGUUAUAAUUGGUAUAACUCAGAUGACGUUCGGAGUAUUUCUAUCAGUUCUCAAUCAUACUCAUUUCAAGUCUUAUAUUGAUAUCGUCGCCAAUUUCAUACCUCAAGUCAUCUUUCUCUCGUGCAUUUUCAUUUAUCUCUGUAUCCAAAUAGUCGUGAAAUGGUUAUUUUUCACUGUGAAUGCUGAAAAUGUUCUUGGCUACGAAUAUCCUGGAUCCCACUGUGCUCCAUCUCUGCUCAUUGGUUUGAUAAAUAUGUUCAUGUUCAAGAAAAGAAAUGAGGGAUAUUAUGAUAAGAAUGGAGAAGUGUUCAGAAACUGCCAUCUUGGUUAUUGGUAUCCAAAUCAGGUAAGAACAUUUUCAAAAAUUGAAAAAAUGUCUUAUAUAUCAAUAUUACAGCGUCUCGUGGAAACUGUCUUGAUUUCAAUCGCCAUAGCUUGUGUGCCAGCAAUGCUUCUCGGAAAGCCGCUUUGGGUCAGGUUCGUCACAUCUAAACGACGACGUCUUCAAGAAACGAGAAGUGUGAAAGGUCUCCGAAGAAACGGAACAACAGUCAGUGCUCCAACGAGUCCAAUAACCGAUAUAGGACCACCGAAAUUUGUGCAGGAGGACGCUGAGCUGUUGCUGGCUGAUGAACUCGAUAUCGGAGACGAUAUCCAUCAUUCUCUCACCGAUAUUUUUGUGCAUCAAGCGAUUCACACCAUUGAAUUCGUGUUAGGAUGUGUUUCUCAUACUGCUUCUUAUCUUCGUCUCUGGGCGCUUUCUCUAGCUCAUGCUCAGCUGUCGGAGGUAAUGUGGCAUAUGGUUCUGAUGCAAGGAAUGCAUGCAGCUGAUCAUAUCGGAAGUGAGAGAGUCGUUUCAUUUCUUCAACCGGUGGUUGCUUUAAUUUCGUUCUUCAUAUUCGCCAUUUUAUCGCUUUCAAUUUUGAUCAUGAUGGAAGGUCUUUCCGCAUUCCUUCACGCUCUUCGUCUUCACUGGGUGGAAUUCCAAUCAAAGUUCUACCUGGGAACCGGACAUCCAUUCCACGCAUUUUAUCUCAAAGAAAGCCUCGAGAAUGCUCAGCUUAUCACUGAGGAAACCGAUCGUCUCGCUGAUAUAUCCCGAGGACAACACUAA